GUGGGCUUUGGAGGGCUACGGAUAGCAUCUUUGUUGUCGCCAGGACUCCUCGGCUUCCUCCCUAGAGAAGACCCUGGCCCUUACGGCCCCUGAUCGCCAUGGAGUCCACGCUGGGCGCGGGCAUCGCGAUGGCCGAAGCGCUGCAGAACCGCCUGCCUUGGCUGGAGAACGUGUGGCUUUGGGUCACCUUUCUGGGCGACCCCAAGAACCUCUUUCUGUUCUACUUCCCGGCGGCCUACUAUGCCUCACGCCGUGUGGGCAUCGCGGUUCUCUGGAUCAGCUUCAUCACUGAGUGGCUCAACCUCGUCUUCAAGUGGUUUCUGUUUGGAGACAGGCCCUUUUGGUGGGUCCACGAGUCUGGGUACUACAGCCAGGCUCCAGCCCAGGUUCACCAGUUCCCCUCUUCCUGUGAAACUGGUCCAGGCAGCCCUUCUGGACACUGCAUGAUCACAGGAGCAGCUCUCUGGCCCAUAAUGACAGCUCUCUCUUCCCAGGUGGCCACUCACGCCCGAAGCCGCUGGGUAAGGGUGAUGCCUAGCCUGGCUUAUUGCACUUUCCUACUGGCGGUCGGCAUGUCCCGGAUCUUCCUCUUAGCACAUUUCCCUCACCAGGUGUUGGCUGGCCUAAUAACUGGUGCUGUCCUGGGCUGGCUGAUGGCCCCCCGGGUGCCCAUGGAGAGAGAACUAAGCUUCUAUGGGUUGACUGCCCUGGCCCUUAUGCUGGGUGCCAGCCUCAUCUAUUGGACCCUGUUUACGCUGGGCCUGGAUCUUUCUUGGUCCAUCAACCUAGCCUCCAAGUGGUGUGAGCGGCCUGAGUGGGUACACCUGGAUAGCCGGCCCUUUGCCUCUCUGAGUCGUGACUCAGGAGCUGCCCUGGGUCUGGGCAUCGCCCUGCACUCUCCCUGCUAUGCCCAGAUUCGGAGGGCACACCUAGGAAAUGGCCAAAAGAUAGCCUGCCUUGUGCUGGCCAUGGGUCUGCUGGGCCCCCUGGACUGGCUGGGCAACCCCCCUCAGAUCAGCCUUUUCUACAUCUUUAACUUCCUCAAGUAUACUCUCUGGCCAUGCCUAGUUCUGGCCCUUGUGCCCUGGGUGGUGCACACAUUCAGUGCCCAGGAAACACCACCUAUCCGCUCUUCCUGACUUCUCACGCCUUCUGCCACUUCCCUCUCCAGAGGCCAACACUCCUUGACCUUCACACUCUGGCAGGCAGCCCCAUCCCCUCCCAGCCCCCCAAGCAGGCCCUGCUCUCUGAAUUUCAUUUUUCUCCUAUCACCUGGUCUUAGCCCUGAAGAAGAGCCUUCUGUCUACCAAGGAGGCUACCAAGUCCCCAAAGAGUAAAAGCAACAAGACCUGUAGGUUCCUGCAACACUGUGAAGGAUGGCUCAAGAGGGCCCCAAUAAAGCCCUUGAAU